GUAUGCAAAAUCCAGUCAGAUCAAGACCAUGUCCAGCAGCAAGAUAUUUUUUAAGGGCAGUAGAUUUCGAUAUAGUGGAAAAGUAGCCAAAGAAGUUGUGGAGGCAAGCUCUAAAAUCCAGAGGGAACCUCCUGAAGUUCACAGAAACAGCAUUACCCAGAGUCGCAGCUCUCCCUCAUUGAACAAGCAACUCAUAAUCAACAUGGAACCUCUGCAGCCCCUCCUUCCUUCUCCCUGCGAGGAGGAAGAGGUUCCUUUAGAUGAAGGUAUCCAGCUGCCAAAGGAAGAUGAGAUUUCAGUACCCAUGACUUCAAGCUCCCCAGUUAAGGACACUGGGGACAAUGUUGAUCUUGCCAUUGAACAGGAAGAGAAGAUCAAAGAGGAACCUUUAACCAUCUCAGAACUGGUAUACAAUCCUAGUGCCAGCUUGCUGCCUUCCCCUGUUGAUGAUGAGAUCGACAUGCUCUUUGAUACCUGUCCAAGAGUAGAGAAUGAGAAAGAUGAUACAGAUUCAUUUGAGGAACUGGAAGCGGAUGAAAAUGCAUUUUUGAUUGCAGAGGAGGAAGAACUGAAAGAAGCUCGGAAAGCACUUCGGUGGAGCUACGACUUUCUAAUGGGAAACAUAGAGGUGAAUGCCUUUGUGAAGAGUUUCUCCAGACUUCUCCUUGUAGGCCUUGGACUGUUGUUGUUUGUGUUCCCUCUUCUCCUUGUUCUGUUGGAGUCAGGCCUUCAGAUCUCUUUUCUCCAUGAAAUCCGACAGACUCCGGAGUUUCAGCAGUUUCAUAUCGAGUAUUACUGCCCCCUUAGGCAGUGGGUAGCUUGCAAAAUAAACUUCAUUCGUGACAUCCUGGGCAGCUCUUAA